ACUUAUCUGUGACUCUUUCAUAACACACAGCUGCCUCACUGACGGCUGCAGGAGGUUUAUAGUUGAGAUAUCCCGGGUAGUAGAGCAUAGGUAAAUGUAACAUCACAUGAUUGCUGCGCUCUCUCAGUGCUCCGCGUCUCUUCCUGAGCAGAAGGCAGCAGCAGGAGCCGCAGCCGCAGCAGCAGCCGGGGCUUCAUGUAAACACACCGUGCACAGGGCUUUGUUUCCCACACGCUCCUCCGGCAUCCCCCAGCUAGUCAUGCCAUGGAUAUUUUGUGGCAAUACCAGUUCAGGAUCAUUUUACUCGGGGAUUCCACGGUGGGGAAGUCGUCGCUGCUGAAGCGCUUCACGGACGGGAUUUACAGUGAUGUGGCGGAUCCGACGGUCGGGGUAGAUUUCUAUGCCCGCUCGCUUGACAUCGAACCCGGGGUGAAAAUCAAGCUGCAGCUCUGGGACACGGCCGGACAGGAGCGAUUCAGGUCCAUCACAACAUCAUACUACCGUAACUCCGUGGGCGGGCUACUUGUCUUCGAUCUCACUAAUCGCAAGACCUUUGACCAUGUGCGGGAGUGGCACAAGGAGGUGAGUGAGCACAUCCUGCCCCAUCACAUGGUCUACAUCCUCAUCGGCCACAAGAGUGACCUCAACAAGGACCGCAAGGUGAGCCGGGACGAAGCAGAGCAGCUGGCAGCCGAGCUGGGCAUCCGCUACGUGGAGACGUCGGCCAAGUGCAACAGCAACGUCGACCGGGCCUUCGAGCUGCUCACCAGAGACAUCUACGAGCUGAUGAAGAUGGGGGAGAUCGUCACCCGUGACGGCUGGGACGGGGUGAAGAGCGGCCUCACCGCCAAGGUCCUCUACCCGGCCGACGACGAAGAGGAACUAGCUACUGCGGUCGCUGAAAAGGGCUGCCACUGCUGACUGUGAACUCUCCGUAUCUAAACACUGUCCUGUCGCACCAAGAGCUCACCUCGUCUCACAAGCCGUGUUUCCAUAAACAUAUUUUUAUGCACAUUUUGAAGUAUCAAUUAGAAAAGCUUUAUGGAAACGACAAAUGCCGAUAAAACUCGCUCACACAAAAAAGUUUUGAUGCUUGCUGGAGGUGGUUUUUGCCUUCUUGGAAAGAGGUUAUCCAAUAAAUAGGAUAUGGAAACGCCCUCACCGAAUAUGUUCUGACAUAGCAAAGUGAAUCCAGAGACUGAUCAGCUGUUUGUGAUGUGGGCGUCUUACCAUGCGUAAAAGUCAUUGCAUUAAUUUGUCUUCACACGGCCAACCAGCCAACAUAAGCGACCAGUUAAAACUUGCCCAAUUGAUGCAAAGAGCUCUCUCCGUCUUUUUCUCAUAGAUUAGUUAAUUGGCCAAAGUGUCUUGUUUUGUGUCCUGUUUGCAACCUGUGCUUCUUCUACUCUGUACUGGUAGAUGUCAGCUUUGCAUAAAGCGAAGCCUGUACCGCCAACUAAUGGCAAAACUACACUUUGCGUCGUCUAGUUUAUUUGUUCCAAACCAGUUGUUGGAGGCGCGUUUAAUUUGCAUUUUUUUUUUGCAGCAUUUCAAAAAUUCGUUUAAACUUUGUUUAACAUUUCAAUGGAAACACGGCUACAGCUGUCCAUUGAAACCAAGUCACUCAGGCUCAACACCUUGUGAUAUCACCAUCCAUCACUUCCUCACCUUGUGCUUCUUUCCCUCUCUAUGUGUGGAUUCUUCUGACAACUGGGAUUCUUUUCUAACAGGGGGCCAUUGUACAUCCCGAUGUGUACUUUAUAGGCAAGUUGUGUCUCUAAAUCCAUGUGGUGUAGCAUGAGCUGAGCUGUUUUGGGCCUCGUUAGGUUUGGAAAACACAGAAAGCAUGCAGAAGUGAUGGGGCUUAGAGUGAAGCCAAUACUGCUUUUCACAGCCCUGGAGUUAAUGGACCACUGAGUAUUCUGAAGGUACAUUUCAUACAGCACUAUUGUGGGUUUCUACCUGUCAACGUUCGUGCGAUGCUUUGCCUGCAAUCUCUUGUGACUGUAAUAUUGUAAAUAAUAGUGAAAUAUAUAGAGAUGAAAGCUAAAAGGUCACUGAAAGCUAUUUAACUGAUCAUGUGAACACACACAAUGCACUCUACAAUAGGUGUCACCAUGUUAAAUCAAUGUGCUCCUCCUGCUACUGUAAGCUGUAUGUGCACUUACGCCAAACUGACUUAAACCUUUGAUCAUUCUGUGAAUAGAUAAGUAAUGUUUUUGUAAAAAAAAAAAAAAAAAAGAUUAUUUCUAGUUAAGGUGUAUACAUAAAGAUAGGCCAUAGUAUUUAGGAUAGGUGGUACCAUGUAGGUAUUUGUAUCAUAGCAUCAACAGGAGCAAGACAUCAAGUGUGUUACCUCUCAGUCAUCAGACCUUUAAUGAGUUCGUCAGCAGUAGUAAAGACGUGUUUGACUAAGAACAAAGGGAAGUUUGAGUCUCACUUGCAGCUGUUUGUAGCUCAUGCAAACAGCUGCUUCUUUAGUUCAAAGCUUUAUCCACAAAAAUGAUAUUCUAUUCAGGCUGAUGUGGCCAGCUUCUGUGGGCCUAUAUGUUAUGCUCUAUCCCAGAAGUUUCAGGAGGAAAUGUUGGUGUAUACGUGGAAAAAAAAGUCAACUUCCAAGUAGGAAACCUAGGCAACACUAAGAUGUCACGUUAACAUCUCAUUAUAUACCACUAAAGCUAAUUAGCAUUUCUGUUAACAUGGUUGUUACUGUCUUGCAAACCCACUACAGAUCAACAGGCUCAGCAGUCGAUAUGACAUGAAAACACAGCACCCUGGAUUGGGUUUUGGCAAAGGACCUUUGCCCCGUCAUGUUUAUUUCCUGCCUGACAAAAUGCUUGAUUUGAUCUUUGCGGGGGAAGCAAGUAUUUCCACUAUUUUUCCAAGUUAGAUGAGAAAAUUUAUAUCUGUCUAUGCGUUAAGUACGGAGCAUGACCCAGGAGGCGAUUAGCCUAGCUUAGCCUUAACACUGCUCAGUGGCGCAUUAUGCCCAAAAAGUUCAACUGCCGCGUAUAAAAUUUCCUGGAUUAUUGGCACUCUUCCACACUGUAUGGCCUAAAGAGCAAGCACACUGAAACUUUCCUGGGGUGAGCCUGCUACUUCCGGUUUAGUGCUCCGUUAACUUGAAUGGGGAAAAAACGAUUCAAUCUUGCAGCUCCUGUAGAUUCUCCAAAUGUUAUUGCACCAAAUUGAUCAAAUCUUGAUUGUGAAACAAGUCAUUUCACAGGGGUUGUGAUGCUCAAAAAUUGUAUCCAAUGAUUUACAGACAUCUCUUUCAUAACAUCUACAGUAUGGGGAAAACACAUGACGGAUGUAAUAGCACUCUUUGGCCACUACAAAUAUUGGCUUCAAAGCUCAGCACCCUUCCUGAGGGCCUGGGACAAACCAGCUGCAGUGAUUUCCUGAUGUCUUGUCAGUAGGCGUUUCUCAAUCUGCAUUCUUGCCUCUACUUGUUUUCUUGGGGACUUGUGAAACGUCAUCAGUCGCAGCCCAAGUACUGUUCCAAUUCAAAGUCUGCAUCCAGCCAAGUACAGUCCAAAUGCCCGGAUGUGAACUUGCUCUGCCUGUUCCAUCGGGGAUGCAUCGGGAGGUGACUUGUGUGGACUUUUGACAGCCAGGUAUCCCAGAAUGCAUUUCUCACAGACCAGCGGCAAUGGCAGCUGUCCGUGGGAGUUUGUACUCCCGAGUCGAACUUGCCAAGUCCGAACUCCCAAGUGCGCAAGUUCGAACUUGGCAUACUUGGUAUUGAGAAACGCCGAGUGACUUGAGUGAGGUUGAAGUGUGGUUAAAUUGUGCCGGUAGAGACGCUAACAUCUGUGCUCACUGACUAUCAACUGUUUUUCACAAGGAUGCUUGACCUAAGUGAAAUAGUUACAGCACACUGCUAUGCCUAAGCAGGUUGGUCUCACUCUCAGGGUGUAAAAUUAUGCCGCUCUGGCAGUGUCCCCAGCGUCAUGGUAACCUUUAGUGUCUAUAUGAGAUGCAGCAGGCUUUUGACGAACCCUAAUGUAAACCCAUCUGUGUUUUUAGACGUUCGGAACAAUGGACAUAGUAUAAAGAGCAGGAAAGUUUGCUUAGGGUGGGUGGAUGGGUCCAACAAGGACAGGACUUUGACCCAGGAGACCGGUGUUUGUGUCUUGUGUAAAAACUUGAAGUGGACAAGUUAUUUUGUCACGUCAGACGGUAGUCACAUGAGUCGUCAGUCACACGAGGGACUAUCAUCAUCCGCAGUCUUUCUGUAACCAUUAUGAAGUCGUUUUGUUCCCUGACCCUAACUGCCUACUCAACCCCUUCUGCCCAAGCAUCAAAUUAUGAGGAGUAGGGAUGUAAAACUAGACAUUGUCUUUUUUUAAAUUUCUGUUCGGAUACAAAUUAAAUCAAUAAGACACAAUGUGUUGCUUGCUUCAUGCUUGGCCGGUCACCUUCUCACUCCAGCUCUGUAUUUAAUGCAAAGACAUGAGAAUGGUAUUAGUUUGUUCAUAAAACUCCCACAAUGAAAACAAAUAAGUGUAUUUAUGUCUUAAAAGCAUUUAAAAUGCUCUUGUUACUCAUGAAAAUCUGACUGAAGUGAUUGCUAACAUCCGUUAACUUUCAACGCCAGGAUUUUCACUAACCCUGAAGCUGCACUUCAAGUUGCUUAAAUUCUUUGUUAACUAAGUCAUUUUGACAUACCACACAUAAGCCUCUACACUGGUAAGAGUAUUUGGGAUUUACGGACUUGUGACAGUAAUAACACCAGCUGUAAUGGAGCCUGUUACGGCCAGCUUGCUGUUCUUAGCUGCAUUUACGAUGAAAGCAUGUCUGUGCACACCACUUCUACACAUAGCAGUAACUACCUUUGACACAGAGGAUCACGUAUGCUUCAAGUCUCCAGAGCCUUUUGACUGCAGACGCUAUUAAUCUGCUGUUUAAAGGCCCGGAGCGAACAAUAAACUAGAGUAGUCUUUGCCUGGGAACUCACCUCCAGUCCCACCACUUAUUCACCUUUCACCAGCAUCUCACCAAAAAACCUGUUCACACCCACACUGUAAACAGCAAGAGAUUAUGCAUUCUGUAGUUUUGACUCAUGUUUGUCAUUGGGUUGAUAAAAGCUGUAUGAGUGAUUCAGUAAUUUUAAUACAUUUGCAGCAUCCCUUUAUUUUAACUCGUCUGUACAGAUCCAAACCGAUGCUUCCUGCUAAAUCAUCACUCGACAGCCAUUUUUUAAUAAAGUCGUAUACACACUAUAUGUUUUUGUUUGUUCGACAAUCACGUUAACAUUUUGUGUUCUUGGCACAGGUGAGGAAUACUAUGCCUUGAAAUCUGGCUACACAUCCUUGCAACAUCAGAAAUCACGAGAGUGACUGUGUUUAAUACUGCAACUACGUUUUUGUCUCACAUCUAAACAGGGUUCAAAUGUACAAUAUUGACUGAAUUUGUAUGUUAAUACUGUGCCGUUAGCAAACUGUUCUCCAGUGAGCAUGACUCCCAUUCCUGAGCACUGCGUGGUGUGAAGAUGGCAGCCGAGGAGCAUUCUUCAGAAAGCGCUACAUACAUUUAAAGGCAAACGCUGGAAGGACACCAAGAAGAAACUGCUUUUUGAAAGACGGACUCUAUGGGAAGAAAUAAGCUUAUUCUCAUCAACCAUUACUAGAAUAUCCAGCAAUGAUAUAUAGUUAAAAAUUGUAUUAAAAUACAAAAGCAUUUGUAACCUUACAAACAGUGACCAUCCUGUGUGUAGACCAUAAUGGUGAUGGUGGUGGCCAUACUCAAGCUUCAGUCCAGAUCCAGCCUCUCUCUUACUGUAAAGGGGUAGUUCAACAUUUUGGUUGCUUUCUUCAGGGCCAGCUGUGUACUUUUGUGGGCCCUAUACAGGGUUUGAUUCCGGGGCCCCCGAUAUUGAAAUGUGUUGCCACUUCACAUGGCACCGAACCAACUUGUGUUGCACCUAGUCCAGGUUGUGUUGACUUUUGUUUUUGUCUUGUUCAUCAGUUUUGUUAUAUUGAUCAUAUCUAAUACAAUCCCCAAGUGUGGGUUGUUUUUUUUUUUUUACCCCGGAGUCCUCCUGGGAGUGCUUGUUUCAUAGGGGGCAGUAUAUUACUUCCUCAGCAUACCUCAAUUGUCUAUUUUGCCUGUCUCUGAGCGUAUUGUUCUGUCAGUAUUUGUUGGCAAAAAAAAAAUCACAAAAUGGCGUCAGAUUUUGUUCAGGACAUUUCAUUUUAUUUUUGUCUCCAUAUCCAUUUUGGCUGAAGCUAGUCCUAGCUGACAUUGGGCUAGAGGCGGUAUACACCCCCAGACAAGCCGCCAGACCAUCACAGGGCUCGUUAUUGUCUUGUGUUCGUUAAAAAAAAAUCAAGGGGGCCCCAGAGACCAGAAGGCCCUAUGCAACUGCCUAUAUCGCUUAAUGGGUAGGGCCGGCUCUGACUUUAUUUCUGAGAAUUGGAUAAGAUUGACAACACUCUCAUGUCAAGUACGUUAAGUAUAGAACUUGAGCCAGGAGCAAUUAGCCUAGCUUAGCCUAGCUCUGAAUUUUGAAAUAAGCCCAUAAACACGUCUAAAGCUUUGUGAUUACCAUGUUGUAUCUUGUUCAUUUAAACGGAAAUUUAAAAAUUAGGUUGUACAGAAGUUACAUGCUGGAGCUAUGUCUUGGCGACUAGCAGCCUGGUGCAGUGACUCUCAAGGGUCUCGUCGUCAAAGCAAGAUUAACUGUUGUUCAUUGGGAAAUUGCUCCAGCAAGUAACUCCCCUUGCGUUUUUUGUUGGUGCACAGGUUAAACCAACAAGAUACAGUGAGUAGUUAGCAAGCUUUCACAGAACUGAGUAGCUGUUUCAAUCUACUUCCUGUCUUUAAGCUAGGCUAACCACAUCCUGGCGCCAGCUUCAUACAUAACACAAACAUGAGAUUGACAUCGGUUUCCUCAUCUUGCUCUCAGAAACAAAAUGAGCAAAAGUCCCAAUAUGUUGAACUAUGCCUUUAAUGAUGUGUUUUUUUUAUGUUGUCCAUAUGAAUGAUCAAACCACCCCACAGGUGGGGAAUACUGUGGGCCUAUCAGGGAACAUCAGCACCUGUUAGGCCUGCAUUACGGUACAUAGCACAAAACUGUUCAGCUCCUGAUCCCCAUGGUCACAUUUCACAGCUUUACUGAAUAAAUGUUAUUUAUUUUAUAUAUCAUGUAUAAGGAACUUGCCUUUUAUUUGAUGUGAUUUUAUUGAUUGAUUAAAAAAAAUAAAUAGAUGUCCAAUGAAA